AUGUGCGUUGGUCGCAAUGUGCGUUGGUCGCAAGGUGCGUUGGUGGCAAGGUGCGCUGGUCGCAAGGUGCGUUGGUCGCAAGGUGCGUUGGUCGCAAGGUGCGUUGGUCGCAAGGUGCGUUGGUCGCAAGGUGCGUUGGUCGCAAGGUGCGUUGGUCGCAAGGUGCGUUGGUCGCAAGGUGCGUUGGUCGCAAGGUGCGCUGGUCGCAAGGUGCUCUGGUCGCAAGGUGCGUUGGUCGCAAGGCGCUUCAAUACGCUCUCUGUGGUGUACUUCUCCCCCACCUCCGUUACCCAGCUCUCGCGCCUCACCCAACUGGAGUUCUCACAAGUGGACCACAUCCCAUGGGGGUCCCUCUACAACAUCACGUGGCUCAAGUCCCUGACAGUGGACUGCUUGCCGUACAUGACAGACAGCAUUCCUGAUGGGGUGGCGAACCUCACCCAGCUCACUAGGCUAAGAAUCAGCGACUGUGGUUUUGAAAAUCAGCUCAACAGGUUAACUCGCCUCUCCAAUCUUUCCGAACUAGAGGUGCCAUCAAACGGCAUAUCGUCCAUGUGGGAUAUCAGCAGCAGCAACUUCCCCACACUCGUAAAAUUGAAUCUGAGCUCCAACCCACUCAGGCCCUACAACGUUGCAUACCUGACUCGUCUCUCCGGCCUCACCACUCUGGAUCUCUCAUCCAACCAGUUGGAGGGAGACCAAGUGCUGCCUAACAUCACCCUGCCCUCCUUGCAAUUCUUGAAUCUCUCCAACAACGGGCUGAGAGGCAGUUUAUCUGAAUCCCUCACAACCAUGACGAACCUGGUCAGCCUAAAUGUCGCUUCCAACUAUAUGGAAGGAACCAUCCCCCCAGCCCUUGGAAAGCUGGACAAGCUCUCAACCCU